AUUUAUGAAGACACAGCUGUAACCCAAUCAUCUUCCUUCCCUCACCGACUCCUCUCACUUCCAUCCCAGCUUUUCCCUCCCUCCCCUCCCUCUCUCCUCUUAUUUCUUAUCUGCUUUCCUCGAUCUUCCCCCUCUCUGACCGCCAUGGCCGUUUCACCUUCCAAGCUCCUCCUCAUCCUCAUCCUCUCUGCUAUUGUUGCCCUGUCGCUCUUGAGCUCGAAAGCCAAGGCUCACCUCGACGAGACAAGCUUGAAACUAGUCGGCGACGCACUGGAUUGGCCACUCGCUAUGUCUCUGUACAGCGACAUUGACGAUUUGGAAGGAGAAAACGGGGAGAUAGAGGAGGAUGAGGGUGAGUUCGGUCGCCGAUCUCUGUUUUGGAGAAGGGUCCGAUACUACAUUUCGUACGGAGCUCUGUCUGCUAACCGAAUCCCAUGUCCACCACGUUCCGGAAGGUCUUAUUACACUCAUAACUGCUACAAAGCCAGAGGGCCUGUGCAUCCAUAUACGAGAGGUUGUUCCGCCAUAACCAGAUGCAGGAGAUGAGUUGAAUGUAAGUUGUUGACGGCGGCGGGGGGGUUGUGAUGAUUUGUAUGUGAUUUUUUUUUUUUUUUGAUGGGUUUGAGGAUUCGAGCUUAGUUGAAUCAAGCGUUUUCUUUGUACUAAUUACUUGAUUAGUGUGAUUAAUGUUUAAUCUAUUAAGGAGUGUUGUUGUA